GGCUAAAUUAUUAUCAUCAUGAUUGACCAGAAAAACAAAACAAAGAUAAUUUCCAACCAAAAAUUUUUGUUACAACCAAAACAUUCUUUACCACUCAUUAGAUCAAGGGGGUGUGUCUACGGAUUACGUCCUCUAUGAACGGAUAUCGCUAAUCGUUGUUACUCGGCCGAGAAUCGAAUUGAUGCUCCCAAUUUGAUCAUUUUACAUUUUUCUUUUUUUUGACAAAAUUUUUCGGAUUUUUUUUGAAAUUUUUUUUGCUUGAUUGAAAGGAGAAAAAAAUGUACGAUUCAAACAUCCAGAUAAGAAUUGAAAGAUAUAAAAAAACAAUUGCAAAUUAUGAUAGCAUUCGUUUUAAGCCAUAUAAGAUUGCUUCGAAGUUAAAAUUUCUUCGAAAUGAAUCUAAAUUUUACCUGAUUGAUUUAUACAAUACAAUCGAAUCAUUUCGUGAAUUUGGUUUGAAUAGUGAUUUGAAUUUGAAUCCUGAUUCGGUUAUUUCAUCACAAAAAAUUCAAUCCAUACUUUAUUCAAUUUUUCAUCAUUUUAGUCGUCGAUCAUCAACAACAGGAAAAGAUAUUGAUAUUGAUUAUUCAGUUGCAUUGAUUUAUAAUUGGUUGAUGGAAACUUUUGCCCAUAAUCAUCAUUCGAAUGAUUCGAUUAAUAUUUUAGCAUUUAAAAUAUCAUUAAUAUUAUUAUGUUCAUCACUUUUAUCAAACAAAUUGAAAUAUUUUUUCACUUUAUUAUCGAAUGAAAAUGGAUUUAUUGAUCAAAUGAAUUUUUCAAAAUUUCUUCACAAUUUAAAUGAUUUAUGUAAUCAUUUUGAUCGGGAAAAUCCUGUCGAUUUCAACAAUGAAAUUCAACAAAAUUUCACCGGUGAAUCAAUUGAUUUAAAACAUUUUAUCGACGUUUUUCAAAAUUUUGAUAAUCAAAAUGAUUUAACCGGUUGGCUGAUUGUUUAUCAUCGUUUAUUUGAUUCCGAACAAGUUGUUCAUCACAAUAUUCAAUGUGAUUGUUGUGGAAAAAACCCGGUGGUUGGAUUUCGUUAUAAAUGUAAAAUCUGCCAUAAUUAUAAUCAAUGUCAAGAUUGUUUUUGGACAGGUAAAAGUACGAAAAAUCAUGAUCCAGAUUUUCAUCCAUGUAAAGAAUAUUUAUUUGAUAAAUCUCGUAAACAUUUACGUCAAUCAUUUCGACGAUCAUUUCGUAAACUUCUUCCCAAGCAUCAUCCGGCUGAAGAAGAAAAUCCUGAAUCAUCACUGGGUUUCAAUCAACAAAACUCGGAUAAAAUGAUAAUGAAAAAAUUAAAUUUAUCCGAAAUUGUUUCACCGAAAUUUUAUCAUAAAAACAAACAUUCAUCGAAUAAUUUUAAUGAAUUUAAAUUGGAAGAUUAUGGUUCGGAUUAUCAAAUGCAACUGCAAUUCGAUGGUAUUGAUAAAACUGAAAAUGAACAUUUAUUAAUCGAACAUUAUUUGAAUAUUCUAAGAGAUGAUCACCAUCGUGAAGAAUCAACAUCAAAUGGCCUAUCAUUAUCAUCAUCAGAUAGUGAAAGUUAUGAAAAAAUUAUCUCCGAAUUGGAACGAAAAAAUCGUCAAUUAAUGUUGAAUAUUUCGGAAUUGAAUUCGAAUCAAAAAUCUCAACAACGAGAAGAACAAAAUGUUGAUCAUCAUCAAAAUUACGAAGAAAAUUUUUUCAAUGAACUUUCAUCAUUACGAAAGAAAAAAACUGAUUUGGAAACUUAUUUGAUUUGUCUACAAGAUCAACGAAAAAAUCUAAUGUUUCAAUUGGAUGAUUUAAUGAAAGAAUUGAAAAUUGGGCAAUAAAAAUUUUAUUAUUUCUUUUUUUUAAUAUAAACCCUUUUUUCUUUUUCAAUUAAUCUGAUUCAUUGGAUUUUCAGGUGAUUUAUUAAAUUCUUUCCGUAGCAUUUCUUUUAGUUGUGAUAAU